AUUUCUGGUAUGAAACGAAACCAAAACAUAUGAAAUGACGUUCCCGCCAUUUCGUCUCAGGUAGUUUCGAGAAAAAAGUCGCUUCGGCUGCCACGCAUUGCGCGAGUAACAUCCUCGGAAGAACUGGGUACCGUGUCUAAAAAUAAGUAAGAGGGAUUACUUUGGGUAGAAGGCCUCUAUAGGGGAUACACUCUCUUACCUUGAUAAUCUAUUGUUAAUAUCAAUAAUUAUGUUCAUUUAAAGAUUAACACUUUCCUGCUCGGUAAGUGAAAGAAAAGGCAAAAUUUUAAGUUCGGUAUUGGGACAAGAAAGAUAAAAUGUUCAUCAUGUCACCAUCGAACGUGAAACAAAGAAAAAUGUCGAGUAUCCGAGGAUAGUUGAACCGAAGAGCUCCCAAACACUGGGCAGGUGUUCUAUUCAGUGUGCCAUGAAAAUACUCAUCAUAAGGAAGGCAGUUUACUAGGUUCAUAGGCGACUUUCGUGCUUCUUAGUGCUAGGAUCAGCAAUUUCUACAGCAUACCGUAUUGUGAUAAAUGAAGAAAGAUGGAACAUUUUAUCCUUGGUGGUGAAAUGAGAAAGAUGUACUGUCCAUUAUGUCACAAGCGUGGGAAAAGAAAAAAGUUCUGUUUUAAAUAAAAUAUUCUGAAAGUGCAGCUGCCGCGGUCCGUUCUUUUAGCAAACGCGGUUUUACAAGGCCAUAGACAUACACAUUAUGUUUUUAAAAGCAGUUCUUUCCAUCAGGCUAGGUAGGUCUUCUAAAGAUAAGUGAAAUGCUUUCCUUGUUUUUGACUGGAGUUCGUUCACCUAAUGUGGCACCCUUUAUUUCCACAGUAGUACCUCCAGAGAUUACUGUACGAGGACGUUUGGCUUUGGAAGCCUACAAAAGGGCCCUUGCUGAAGGAAAGACUUGUGACAAAAGAGUGCCAGUCAUGUUGAUUGGCCAGGACAGAUCAGGAAAGACCAGCUUAAAGAAGUCACUCAGGGGAGAGCCUUUCAACCCAGAUGAAGAGAGCACUGUAGGGAUAGAUGUUGAUCCUUCUCAUUUCAAAGUGUCAACUGAGAUUUGGAAGAUAGGGGAGAAGGAUCAAGAAAGAAAUUCGGAGACGUCUAUUUCCUAUGAGUAUCAUGCAGCACGAGCAACUGUUGAAAAGUUGAAGGAGGAACAAAUGGCUCCCAGUCCUAAGGAGAGGGUUCCAGAGACCAAACAGUCUGGAAACAUCCCUAUGGUGGACAAAGUCCCAGCAAGUCCAACCGGUUCUACAGUAAGACAAAACGACAGAUCUGAUGAGAUGUCAAACGAUCCAGAAUCUGCUCAGGCAUCCAGAUAUCCUGUACAAGAUGACAGCAUAAUGCCAGACGUCACAAAAGAUACAGGUAACCAAGGCGACAGAUCUGAUGAGACUUCCAACGAUCCAGAGUCUGUUCAGGCCUUCAGAUAUCCUGAACAAGAUGACAGCAUACCAAAAGAUAUAGAAACCGAGAUUACAAAGAGACUGGAAAAUGACAGUAAAGUGGAAGACGAAGAAGCUGUACAUUCCGUUUUGUGGGAUUUUGCUGGACAAUCAGUUUACUAUACGACACACCCACUUUUUCUCACUCCAAGAGCGAUCUAUCUUCUGGUGAAUGACCUCAGCCAAAAUCCCAGUGAAAAGGCGAAACCUGUUGUGAAGCAAGGAAUGUACAAGGAAUUACUAGACAGUUUUGGUUUGAAAACUAAUUCUGGAUCGUAUGACGUCUCAUCAUAUCUGUUGUCAUGUCUAACUGUGUUCGGUAAAGAUACUGGAGUGGCGGCAUCAGUAGAUCCGGUUGGACUUGCUGGGAGUUUGUCGACCACAGGGAUGUUUCCAGACUCUGUUUGUAAGCCGGUUCUGAGCGAACACGUUGCUUGCCAAAGCAAAUGGCAGAGUGCAGAUUUAGCCCUCCUAAAACUCGCGAAAAAGAGGAAAAGUGUGUGGCCAGCACUUCUCCGAGGUCCUCGGAUGCCUGAGCACCUUGAUGUCCAGAAUAUCCCUGGUUCUAAGAGAAGAGACCUCACAGUUGAUUUGUGUGGUGGAGAAGAGUGGAAAUUGGUUGCUGAGGAACUGGGCCUCACUCCAAAAGAGAUACGUUUCCUUGACAAACGUACUCUGAACCCUCUUGACGCUGCCCUGACUUUCGUUGCUAAGCAGCGUCACAUAACUGUGGGAGAUUUGUAUGACCUGUUAAGUGAAUGUGGCUUUCCCCUGAUAGCUGACCUUACGUUAUAAAAACGACUCUGCGACGUAAUUCAUCAGCUGUCCUGAGAUACAGACGUAACUUAGUGAUGACAUCAAUGAAAUCAAUGAAUAAUCGCUCGGUAGUCGAUUGGUAAUCAGUUAAGUAGUGAUUAGUCAUUUAGUAGGUCAUUAGUAGGUUUUAAUUAUAUUAAGUGUCCCGAUUAGUAGAGGGAUGUUUCCUCUCGCCUAAACAUUUCGGCAUGUUAAUAAAGUUUAUGUUUGUAUGUAUGAUUAUCAUCGAUCAUCAAUUAAUAUUAAAUAUAGUUCAUAAGUAAAGUAAAUGAAAAUAGUAAAAA